AUGAUACCAUGCUUGUGUUUGUAUUAUAUCAACUUGAUUAUUAUAGUUUAUUUAUUAGAAGUUUCAUUUUCUUUUUGUGAUGUAACUAAUAAUAAAAAGAACAUAAAAUCAAAUGGAUAUAAUGGAAAGACAAAUUACAUUCAUGUUAUAAAAGGAACACAACCAAUUUUAUCUGGUAAUUUUUUACAUAAAAAAAAUUUAGGAUUGCUAAAAAAAUAUAAUGACCAUAAUAAUGAAUUAAGAAUAGGUGAAAACGGUUUGGGGGAAAAAGAAAGAAAAGUUAAAGGAAAGAAAGAAGGAGCGAUUGAAGGUAAAGCCAAAGUAACGGAUGAAGGUAAAACCAAAGUAACGGAUGAAAGUAAAACCAAAGUAACAGAUGAAGGUAAAACCGAAGUAACAGAUGAAGGUAAAACCGAAGUAACGGAUGAAAGUAAAACCAAAGUAACAGAUGAAGGUAAAACCGAAGUAACAGAUGAAAGUAAAACCAAAGUAACGGAUGAAAGUAAAACCAAAGUAACAGAUGAAGGUAAAACCAAAGUAACAGAUGAAAGUAAAACCAAAGUAACAGAUGAAGGUAAAACCAAAGUAACAGAUGAAGGUAAAACCAAAGUAACAGAUGAAGGUAAAACCAAAGUAACAGAUGAAGGUAAAACCAAAGUAACAGAUGAAGGUAAAACCAAAGUAACAGAUGAAGGUAAAACCAAAGUAACAGAUGUAACAGAUGAAGGUAAAACCAAAGUAACAGAUGAAGGUAAAACCGAAGUAACAGAUGAAAGUAAAACCAAAGUAACAGAUGAAAGUAAAACCAAAGUAACAGAUGAAGGUAAAACCAAAGUAACAGAUGAAGGUAAAACCAAAGUAACAGAUGAAGGUAAAACCAAAGUAACAGAUGAAGGUAAAACCAAAGUAACGGAUGAAAGUAAAACCAAAGUAACAGAUGAAGGUAAAACCAAAGUAACAGAUGAAGGUAAAACUACGGGUAGAGAUAAAGAACAAACGAAAGAUGGCAAUUUAGGGAACCCAAAAAAUGUGGAAGAAAUCAUUAAAGAAAAAAAUAAUACUAUCAAGAGGAAUAAAAAUAACAACACAGAAAAUGUUACGACGUUAUUGAAUGAAUUCAAAAUUGAAAAAAAGGACAUGCAAGAAGAAAUAGAUGUAAGUCCUAACCAAGAUGACAGAGUAAAAAAAAAAGAAAUUUCAAACGAACAAGAAAUGUAUGUAGAAAAAAAAGAGGAAGAGAAGGCACUUGUUAAUAUAAGUGAAAUUAAAAGUAUAGAUGAAGAUAUAGUAAAUAGACAAGAACAUAUUACAACAAAUAAAGGAGUUGUAACCAAAAAAAAUGCAGUUCAUAUAAAUAAUGAUAUGAAUUCAAAAAAUUUCAUACAAGCAGCAAAUUAUUACAUACCAAACGCAAAACAUUAUAUUGUGAAAAAAUUACAAAAGAAAAAUCUUGAUUCUAAUAAGAGGCCUAACGUGAAAAAAGAAAUAUCAGAUAAAGAGCAAGUAACUGGAACAGAGGGGACUAGUACUGCAAUUGUAAACGUAAAUAUUGAUGACGCUGAAAAGUAUGUGUUACUACGGGAUGAGUACGUUGACAAGAAAGAUAAUGUAAAUGUAUACAGCAUGAAUGAUAUCAACACAACAUUAAAUAGUAUAAGUAAAGAGGUAGGAGAACAAGUGGGCAAAGAAGUAGGAAGUGAACUAAAACAGAAUAAGGAAGCUAAACAAAGUAAGAUAGUAAAAAAGAAUAAGGUAUCUAAGAGGAAAAAAGUAGCUAAAAAGAAUAAAGUAGCUAAAAAGAAUAAAGUAGUUAAAAAGAAUAAGGAAGCAAAACCGGAUGAAGGAGCUCAAGUUAAUAAAGAAACGGAGCUAAGUAAUGAAAGAAUGCAAGUAGAAAAAAAAGAGCUUGAAGAAAAAGAACAGAGGAAAGAAAUCCAAAUUAACGCAGACAAAAAUCUAAACAGAGAAAAACGAAUGAGCGAACAUUUUGAAGAACUGCUAUAUGAUGAUGAUGAGGAAGAGGAAGAUUUUGACGAAGAGGAUGAGGAAGAUGAUAAUGUAGUGGACACCGAGGAUGAGGUGGUAUAUGAAAACGUGGACGAAGAAGAAGAAGAGGAGGAGGAGGACAUCGAAGAAGUAAUAAACAAGCACCUUGAUGAACUGGAGGAACUGGAGGAUUUUAUGUUCAGUGGAAGUAGUAAUGACUUCAGUGAUAUCAGUAAUAAUAAUAAUAGUAACAAUAAUGAUAGUAACAAUAAUGAUAGUAAUAAUAAUGAUAGUAAUAAUAAAGAUAGUAAUAAAAGUAGUAUUGACGGUAGUUCUGAUAUAAGUAGUAGUGUUAGCAGCAGUGGUGAUAUUAGUAGUAUCGUUAGCAGCAGUGGUGAUAUUAGUAAUAUCGUUAGUAGAAAUGGAGAUAUUAGUAGUAUCCUUAGCAGUAAUGGAAAUAUUAGUAGUAUUGUUAGCUGUAAUGGUGAUAUUAGUAGUAUCUUUAUCGGCCUUGAUAAUAGCAGUAGUGGGAAUAUUAGAAGCGUUAGUAGUUGCCGCAUUGCGGGAGAAACUAGUGAAAAAGAAUACGGGAAAAGGGAUAGAUUUUGCUAUAAGACUAAAUACACGAAUGUGUACGUAAAAUAUAAAAAUGAGUUAAAGCUUUAUAAUAAGAAAUUAAAAGAAAAUGAUUUGAAUGAUUAUUAUGAUAAGAUCAUUAAAAGUAGGGAGUUAGUAGAUUUAAAUUAUAAGAAUGAAUAUGUAUUAAAAAUGAAAUAUCAUAAAGGUUAUGAUAUAUCUCUAAACAAUUUGCAUAUAGUAAAUGAACAAAAAAUAAGAGAAAAGUUAUAUUCCAAUUUUGUAGCUUCUAGUAAUGAAGAAGAUAAUGCUACAUUUCAAGAAGUAUGUUAUUAUGCAGAUUUAAGUAAAAUAGAUAUUGAUCCAAUUAUGUUUAAAGAAUAUUAUUUAAAAUCGAGUGUAUGUGAUGGAGAAUAUUUACCUUUAAAAAGUACACUAAUUGAAAAAAUCUGUUUUUUAUCAAAUCAUUUAAAGAAAAAUCCAUAUGUUAAUAGAAUAAAGAUAACAAGUAAGAAGUCUAUUUUAUAUCGUUUAUUUUUAAAUAUAAUAAAAACAUUUAAAAGGUUGUCUGUGAAACAGUGUAUUAAGAAUGUAGAAGAUUCAAACUUACUUGAUAUAUUAUUUCUUCUAAAUGAAGAAAUUGUGGAAGAAUCUAAAACAGAACAUAACAUAGGGAAAUGUUUAAAUAAUAUAAUAGAAAGACAUAAACAAUGGUAUGAUUUAAUAAAUUUUAUUAUUACAAUUAUGUUUGGUUGUGCAACAUAUUUAAAAGAGCAUUACUACUUAACGACAGAAGAAAAAAAUGAAAUAAUUGUAAAAGAACGAAUAGUAGAUUUACCUAUAUUUGAUUAUCUCAAUACAAAUAUUAUAGAUAUUUUUGUACCUAUUAAUUUUGAAAUGAAAUUUGAUAUAGAUUUACUUAAAGAUAUUUCAGAUGCUUCUGAUGAAAAAAGAAAAUUAUAUCAAACAUGGUAUGUUUGUUAUUUAUUUACACAUAAAGUAUAUCUUUUAUGCAAAAUGUGGAAUUUAUUAAAAAAAUGGGAGACCUCGAAAUUUGUUCCUCACCCAUGGUAUAUAGUUCAUGUUGGAAGUAUAUUAGCACCACAAAUAGUUAACUUGCAUAAUAUUGAUGAAGAUAAAUAUGUUUAUUUUAGAUAUAUUGAUCCAAUUCAACUUUUUAUAUCUUUUAAAAGAAGUAAAAGGUAUCCAAUACCAAAUUAUGAUAAAACAAAAUUUCACUUAGUUGAAAAUAUUAUCGCUUUUCAAGGUACAACUAGUCCUUUUAUGUGGGUUUUUAAUUUGAUAUAUGAAUUAAUUUCUUAUCCUUACUUAACAAAAGGAAAAGUACACAAAGCAUAUCUGUUUAUUUUUAAACGAGUUGUAAAACCCUAUUUACAUGUGUUAAAGAAAGAUAUACUUAACGAAAUUAAUGAUGAAAAAUCAAAAUAUACAAAAGAAAAUCCAUAUAUUAUUAUUUUUACCGGACAUUCUUUUGGUGCAGCUAUGGCAAAUAUAAGUUCCUUUUAUUUAACAAAAAUACUGAAUGUUAAAAAUAAUCCUAAAAUAAAAAUAUAUGCAAUCACAUUUGGAAUGCCUAUGUUUUAUGAUGAUAUAUAUUGUUAUGAGUUUAGAAAGAGCGGCGUUAUUACAAAUAACAUAAGUAUUAAUUAUGAUCCAGUACCUCUAAUUAUGGCAAUUCCAGGCUUAAAUGAUUUCCAUGACCCAGAAGAAGAAAAAAAAUCUACAAUAAUGUUCAGAGUGGAAGAUUUAAAGACUUUAAAUUAUGAUUUUGGUAAAAAUAUUUUUAAUGGAAAUGAAAUUUUUAGUAGUGAAAGGAAUCAACCACGUUCCAUGUUACAUUUACUUACGAAAUAUGUUUUUAACAAUAUAUUUAUAGAAUUAGGUGAACAGCAUUUCUCGCAAACCCAUUACUUUUUUUAUUAUGUAUUCUUAACCCUUGUGUCCGGUUGGACAAAUGAAGCUGAAUGGGGUACUUAUUUCUUGAUUCCUUACUUCCUCUUUGAUAUUAUUGAUUUUUCUCAUAACGAAUUGAUGACGAAGUCGCAGGAAUCAUACAAAAAGUAUAAAGAAGAUUUACUCAAAAAGUUGCAAGAUAGUAAGAAAUAUAAAGGGGCGUAG